CGACUGCUUUAGCUAACACAACGCGCCUACAACGUCCUCGCGCACUUAUCAGCUGUAUUCUGAAUGCAUUGUAUGAUGACUAGUGACUACGCUCUUGUACGUACGCUCUCAUCCCUUUUUCCUCCCACAUCAGCCGCACGACAAGCACACAAUUAUAGGUAUACUGCACCUGAUUGUUACCAAUAAUAAUACGGUUACAGUAUACCUAUUAUUGUGUGCAAUUAUUCGGCAUCCGCAUCCCUCUCAAAUAUCAAUGCCAUCCACAUUUUUUUCACACUAAAUAGUUUUCUUUUUGUUACCGAGGAAAUAUUUUAUGUUCAAAUCCCUAAACAGUGAACUACCUAGAUUAACAAACGGGUCGAGCCAGUGAACAACAGCAUUACUUAAAUAGGUUUUGAAAAAAGAAAAUAGUGACGUCUAUUUCGUGGACACAGCGAAUCGGUGGGUUCGAAGGUUAUUCAGUUUCAAAUAAAAGGUAGGUACCCAUGUAAUCAUUCAUUGUUAAACGUUUGUAUUCGCCAUUCAUUUAUAUUAUGGUCAUUGUAAAGUAAUAUUAUCAUGCACAUUGACUUCGACAACAUGAUAGAUGCACACCUUAUCUAUUUCCACAUUUUUCGCCUAAUCACGUUUUUCUCCCAAAACAAAAUCUUUUACAAUAGACGUCCAGUGUUGAGUUUUUUUUGGUCCGCGUUUUCCAUCCUUCUGGUAAGUAAUGGGAAAAAACAGACGUAAACGGAAUGGUCCUAAUGUUCCUGUUCCAGAUUCGCUUACUGUUGGUUAUUCAUCAGAUUCGGGCGAGAUAAAAAGUCAAUCAAUUAAUAGUGAGUCCAUAACCCUCUAACGAACUCCACUGGUCGUCUUCAUAUUUCUCCCUUGAUAUUCAUUGUUAACGUGUUUUUUGUUCUAGAUAACAAACAUCCAUGUGCUCACAUCAAAAAAUCUACCAAAUUAAAUACUGUACGUAAGCGUUUGCAAAAGGUUGUUCUUCAGUGUGCUGAACGUGGGUGUGAAAACGAUAACUUUAGCGUAUGUAAUUGUUUUUAAAUCCGUAAAUAAUUUAAUUGUGAUAAUUUUUAUAUAAUGUUUAUUUUUUUUUUUUAAUAUAGUUAUAAUUGUUUGUGUAUAAAAUAAUAUUGUAUUAAAACAUUAUCAUGAAUUUAUAUUUUUUGUAUUGUAGGAGCUAUAUAUUUGCUUGCAGUGUGGAGCAUUAAUGUGUUUUGUUAAUAAUACAAAUCACAUUUUUAAACAUCAAACUGAUCCAAGAAGUGAAUCUCAUUCUAUUGCUAUCAACCUUGAAACCUUGGAAAUUUUGUAAGUAUUUAUUUAAUGAUUUGUAAUAUAUUGUACCUAUUCAAACUGAUUUCAUAGUAUAAAAAGUGAAAAUUAUUGCUUUAAUUUAAAUGUAUAUCAAGCAUAAAAAAUAAAUAAGCAACUAAAGUACAGUAAUGUAUAAAUUUUUUAGUAAAGAUUCAAACAAAAAAAACAUUAACCUAAUAUUUAAGUUAUAAAUUAUUUAUGUGCUUAUGCAUAAGGCUAGUAGAUAAAAUUUACAUAUUUAAAUUAACAAUUUUAAAUUUAUAACCGAAAAAAAAGGUUCAUAUAUAUCUAAGUUAAUUAUCUUUGAUUGACUAUAAUUUAUGAUUUAUUAAAAACUAGUACUUCAUUAAUUAUUAUGUAUUCAGGUCUUACUAAAAAACUACCCAUAAUAAACUUAACCUAUAACUAUGAAUUUAUAAUAUAUUAAUUAUAUAUUGUUGCCGAUGUGCAAAGAGUGAUUUAGUAUAAAAAAAAAUUUAUUUAAAUAUCUUAUUUUAUCUUUUUAUGUGUACAAAAAAAGAGUCUCAAGUGAUAUAAAUAUUUUUGAAUUUCUUAAAACUUGAUUAAAUACAAUUUAAAUCUAAAUUUCACAUUUAAAAAAAUAUUAAACAAUUAGUUCAAAUCAUUUAGUCACUUUUCAUGAUAGUUUAGAUAUAUACACUAGCUAUGAUCGUGUGUUCAUGAUCCAGUGAUUUUCUCUUAGGAUUUUAAGUUAUUUUGUAUCUUUGUAUAUUAAAUGAGUUUUAACUUUCGAGUAGAAUCUCCUAUUCGACACAAAUUUGGAAAAAAAUAUUUGUAUACAAUGUUAAUAUGCGUAAAAUUAUAUCUGAUUCAUUGUUUAUGCACAAUAGUUUAGAAUUUAGACUAGUGGAGAAGAGAAGAAUAAUUAAUAAAUUUAAAUAAUGGUUGUGAGUCUUAAAAAAAUAUUCUCAAAACCACUCUCUAAAUAAUUCAUUAUGAAACCAAAAUAUAACCCAUAACUAUGUUCAUAGGUCUUAGUGUUAUCCAAUUUUUAUAUUGAUAUCAAACUAAUUAGGUCCCAAUUAUUUAGUUUUCCAUUUGGUUUUGGUUAAAAACUUGAAAUUUUAUUUGACAAAUUCAAACUUCCUUUUAGAUUUUGAGUGGAGCAAAAUUUUUGACUAGAAAAAUGCUCAAAAAUUUGAUACAAGGUUGGAAGGGGACCAGGUACAAGGUAAAAACAAAGUUGAGCAUAAUGUCACACCAUUUUUUAUGUAUAUUAACUUUAAUUUGAAUAUGUUAACUUUAAAAAUUGUAGAUAAUUUUUAGAGUUGGUAAAAUGUUCAAUGUUAAUUUUGUUAAGAAAUUUCAAUAAAAUUUACUCAGAAUCGGUUUUCUUUGCAGUAAUUUAUCAUUGUAUUCAGAAACUAUACUAAAUUACCUUAUAUUUUAUUUUCAAACCAUUCUAAAUUGCAUUUGGUUUAGUAUUUUCAAAUGGUUUCAUUAUUAUUAACUAUAAACUCUAAUCACCAUUAAAAUAAAACCAGUCAACCGAUCAAGCUCUAUAGUUCACAUCUAUUUUAAUUUUGUAUGUUUUGUUUAUCAAAUAAUUAUUAAUAUAAUCAAAGUAUUUAAAAGUAAUUUUAUUUCUUCCGCAUGUCCUUCACUUUUUGUGUAGGUAUGUAUUAUAUAUAUUUUAUAUUCACUUCUUUAAAUUUACCUAUUUUAUUUAAAGAUUUCUCUAGCUAUUAGUAGACAUUAUUAUGUUAUAACAUGUAUUUUAAUGUAAUUGAUUUAACUAGGUGUCAUGAUUGCGACAAACUAAUAUCAGUAUCUGGUUCAAAAAAACUCUUAGAAGCAAUUAAUUUAAUAAAUCGUAUGAAAGAAUCCCAAACAGGUAAAAAUAAAAUGAAUGAACUUCCAAUUCAAGGUUGUUUAUCGGAAGCAGAUGCACAGUUUGAUCAAUAUGUCACAGACGAUGUUGCAGGUUAAAUUUUUAAGAAUAUAAAGUUUUUUUAAUAGCCUUAACAUUAUUUUAUUGUUUACUAAAAUUGUGUAGAAAGUUCUCCAAAAAAAUGUAAUGGAAUAAAUAAAUCCGACGAUGACGAUGAUGCCCCGUUAUUUAAGAAAACAUUUGAUCUACCAAAAAAUAUUUCAAACAAUUUUGAGAAACCUCCAAGACCUAGAGUAUGUUUCAUCUAAAUCAACAUUUAGCUAUUAUAAAAAUAUAACUCUAAUAGUGACAUUUUUACUUCAUUAUAGGGCCUAAACAACUUGGGAAAUACAUGCUUCUACAAUUCAGUGUUACAAUGUCUAGCGCAAACUCCAUUCUUAAGAAAAUGUUUACUUGAUAUUAGUGAAUCUGUUGAACCAAUUACUUUAAAAUUAGAUAAUGAAGAUAUUGUAAGUAUUAUUAUUACAAAUAUAAUGAAAAAUUUAUAUUAUAUUAAUAUUUUAUUUCAUAAUAGUUUGUUAUUAUAUUAAAAUAAAACUAAUUCUGUAAAUAAGAGUACAAUUAACUAUUAUGGUAAAAUAACAUUGUUCUUUUUAAAUCUUACUGAUAUUUUUAACUACCAUAGUUAUAUAAUAAUUAACUUGAUAAGAGUGAUAAUUAGUAAAAUUUUCUUGUAACUUUCACAAUCAAAUUUGACUAAAAGAGCUAUAUUAUAUGUAAAUUUGUUAUUAAAAUUCAUAAUAAUUAAUGCUUAGAUUGUAAAACAAGAAAAAUGGAGUCCAUUAACAGAAAACCUGUACACAACUCUGAAAGAAAUCACCAAUGAGCGUGAAUCUACUUUUACACCAAGUGCUCUUUUAGAUUCGUUGAGGAAAAAAUGCAAAAUGUUUAUUGGCUACAGUCAGCAUGACUCGCAUGAACUUUUACGUCAUCUUUUAGACUCUGUGCGUGAUGAUGACUUAAAGGUAAUGUAAAGAUAUUGACAGAUUUAGAAAUUAGUAUUAUUAAAUUUUGAUAAAAAUGUAGUGUUUCAAUUAAUGUUGUGUUAUAUAUAAACUGUACUAUAUUGAAUAUAAUUUAAUCUGUGAUCUAAGGUGAAGUUUGGGUUCUAAAUAAGGGUGAACAAAUUAAAAAUGAUUUACAAUAAUUUUUAAAUAUUGUAGAUUAUUUAUACAAAAUUUACUUUGUUAAUAGAGAAAGCACAUAAUAGUAUUCAGGCAUAAUCAAACUAUAUUCUACUAAAAUAUUAAUCUUUUAAAUGCUUGUAUGAGGACCCUUCUUUUAGAAUAUGUUUACUACACUGCAAGCCCAAUGCCCACACAUUAUUAAAAACAAUUCUUAUGAUCUAAAUAUAAAUUAAUUUUGUUUUUCAAUAAAUAAUAAAAUAGGUUUGAAGUCCUAUGCAUGUUAAAUUGCAUAAAACAAGUAUUUUUACCAACUGGCUAACACCGAUCAAAAAUAGAAGCACUAAAAUACUAUUAUUGAGUUAAAUGUGAAUGUUCAGAAUGUAUCUUAUCAUUUUUGGUUUACUAAUUAGUUCUUAAAUAUUAUUUAUAUAUAGAUAUGUAUUAAUACAGAUUAAAAUAAAAAGUGAAAUUUAUUUUUUUAGCGUUAUCAAAAGGCAAUUUUAUAUCAUUGUGGUUUAACUGUGAGGGAUAGUCCCAGUGAAGUAGACGAAGAAAAAGCUGCCAAAGUUAAAGAACUUGGCAAAAUAUUACAAGAUAUACUUUUACGUCCUGAUCAUGUAUUCCGGGGACAACUUUUAAGUGUUGUUCAAUGUCAAACUUGUGGGCAUAAAUCAGAAGUAACAGAAAGUUUCUUGGAUUUAAGCUUACCAAUCACAGCUGAUAAAGUAAACAUUAAUGUACCAAUUUUUCUGAAAUAUAUUUACUUAUUUAUUUAAUAUUUAAUCAAUAGGCACACACAUUAUCAUUAAUGCGUAAAAAAGAUAAUGAUGUUUUUAGCCAGUCUAAACAUCAGAUGAAAAAAGAACGUAAAUUAGCCUUGAAAGGAAGACGAAAGAAAUAUGAGCAUAAACAAUUUAAUAAUAAAAUCCAAGAUACAUUAGGUAACAUGGCUGUAAUUUUAUUGAUUUUCUAAUUAAAUUAAUAUAUUUGAUUUUUAAUUUCUGAAUUAUUAUUUUUAAGUUGUGAACAAUGAUGCAGAUGUAGAAGAUAAUAUGGAAAUUGAAACAAAUGAAGUUGAAAUGUCUGAUUGGAAGAAUGAGAAUAAAAAGAAUCCAGAGUCAGUUUUUAGUUCAGAAAAGCAACAAUCUAACACCACAACUCCUCUUAGUAUUACAGAACUUACUACAAUGAUGAAUAACACUCCAUUGGCUGAUCCCGAUAAACAAAUGGAUGCAGACAGAAUUUUAGAUUCUGAAAAGCCAAUGGAUUUGGAUUCAGUUUUACCAGGUAGUCCUGCUAAUAGUCCGAGUUCACCUCAAGGGUCAUCACUUGAUUCUAUGCGUGCUAAUGUCAGUCCAGAUUACAUGGAUGUAGGAACAGAUAGUGCAAAUGAAAAUCAGGUAUUGAUAUUAAUAAUAAUAAUUAAUUAUUAUUAAAUUAAAUAAAAAUAAAUUUUAUUACAAAUCUAGGCGUAAAUCUUAUAUAAGAAUAUUAUUUUUUAGAUUUAAACCUUAUUUAUGUAGCAUAAUAUUUAUUGUAUUUAUAUAUGUUUUAUGUAUUAGGAACGUAAUAAUCCUACUCCAAAUGUUAGUGAUAAUAAUAGUGAUGGAUUGUUUGACGACUCAAAAAGUGAAGAUGAUGUAGAAGACGAAGAAGAAGGUGAAUUUUCUCAAGAAGUUCCACAAGCUACAUUACAGCCUCAACCGAAAUGUAAAGAUGGGGAGUGCUCAGUUUUAACUUGUCUGAAUCAAUUUACUGCAUCAGAGAUAAUGACGGGUAAUAAUAAAGUUUCAUGCGAACGAUGUACUGAACAACAUAAACAAAGUAAGAUUUUUAUAAUUGUUCGGUAAAUAUAAUUAUAUUUUUUAUUUAAACUCAUAUUUUUGUAGAAACAAAUGAAGCUAAAACUAUUUAUCGCCAAAGUACCAAACAAAUGUUAAUUAGUUCUCCGCCAGCUAUUUUAAUAUUACAUUUAAAAAGAUUUCAAAUGUGUUUUUCAACUACACGCAAAAUGGCUACAGAAGUAUCAUUUCCAUGGGUCUUGGACAUAGCUCCUUAUUGUUCAGUAAAAUGUCAAGUAAUUAUUAAAAAAAUGUUUUUAAAUUUUAUUUAAAUUUUAAAUUUUGUUUUUUUUAUAUUUUCAAGAAUAAAUUAAGCCCUGGCCAAAACCGAAUAUUGUAUUCUCUAUAUGGUGUUGUGGAACAUACUGGAUUUUUACAUAGUGGUCAUUAUAUUGCUUACGUAAAAGUAUGAUUCAUUUAUCAACAAAUUAAAUUAAUUUAUUCAUGAUUUCACAUCCAUAUUAGUCUAAUAAAAACUGUACUAACAUUUAUUUUGUAUGUAUGAAUUUUAGGUCAGAGAUUCUGUUAAAGACAAUAGCUACCGGCAUUCGUUUUUAGAAGGCAGUAAGACAAAACCACCUAAAAUUAUUGAUGGCAAUGAUGAUGCUUCGCAUCUGGAACCAAGUGGUACCUGGUAUUCAAUCAGUGAUAGUAUGGUUAGACAAGUAUCAAAAAACAUUGUUGAAAGCUGUCAAGCUUACUUAUUGUUCUACGAACGAAUUUUAUAAUGCUAUAAAUAAUAUGAAAUUGCCUAGAAAAAAAAAAAACAUUAAUAAACAUUAAAAACAUUUGAAAUAAAAUAAUAAUUUUCAACAAUAAUAAUGUAUUUAUUAAACAAUUCAAUUUUAUUCAAGUCUUCAAAUUAAUGUAAAUAAUAAUUAUCAUGUUAAAGUAGAACUUAGUUAAAUUAUUUAUUUAAUUAUUGGAAUCCAUCAAAUCAUUUUUUUUUCUUUUAAAAUUUAUACUGUAUAAUUUAAAAUUAUUUUAAAUAAAUGUCUUAUUAUUAUUAUAAAGAUUUAAAUACUGUAGGCAUAUUGAUAUAUACAAAAACUGAAUUUAUUUAUGUAUAUCAUAUGUAUAUUUCUGUUUUUAUUAUCAGCUGUAAUAAAAAAUAAUGCCUGUCGAUUUUUAUAUUUAAAAAGAAUAAUUUGUUUUCAAAUUGAAAUAAAAAAUAAUAAAUACAUUUCUUCAGUUACAAGGAUGGUUUAUAACUUAAAAUAUUAUUUUUUUGAGGAUAUUCAUUUUAAGUAAUAUCAGCUUUAAAUAGACAUAAAUCUAUUAUGUAUUAUUUUUUAAUGUGAAAAUACCAGAAAGCAUGCUCUAAUUAUUAAAUAUAGCAUCUUUUCUUAAAGGAAAUGUUUUCUGGGUUGAACUUUGGAUAGGUCAUUUUUUGAAAUUCUCUAUAAUAUUCGAGAUAAUGAAGAUAACUUCGGUCUGUAGGUUAAAAAAGGUUGAAAGAUUAAAAAUAAGGUUGUCAUUGGCAACAGUUAUAAUUAUUUUUGUUAUUAAGUUUUUAUUAUUUUAAACUUUUAAACAAUCAUUGUUUUAAUCAUUUUACCAUUUGAUAUAAUAUAUUGUAUUUUUGACAAAGCAACAUUAUCAACUAAACUCGGCUCACUAUUGUUUUUUGUUAGCAAUGGUGUAUUGUUAAAUAUACAUUAAAUUCCAGUCUGUAUUCUACCUUCCCAACUUCUCACCUACAACAGUGGCUGCACCUUAAUGCAAAUUGUGUUUCUCAGUUCUUUUUUUUUUUAAGUUAUAAUUCCACUGAUUAUUUAUAUAGUCUACUUGAUAGAUUAUAUAAUUACAGUAUACUCUCAAUGAAUCAUCUCAAUAUUGUACAUUAACUUCAGAUUUUGAAUUAUUCUUAUUUAUUUCACUUUGUUUUAUUGUGUUCUUAAUUUUUUUUAGAAUUCAACCGAAAUUUGGCUCCAACCAUCAGGGCUGAAUUUUGAAUUUAUUUUUUUCUAUUUAUAGCUACAUUAAGGUUACAGCCAAUCUUGGCUAUCUUGUUAUUUCUUCUAAAUAUUUGCAUAAUACUCGUAUCUUUUCUUAUACCUGCCCAUGAUCUUUUCUGUAAAUAAAUUGAACAGAUGACAAGGAGCAAGCUCGUCAUGCCCCUCUUUUAAUUGUUGCUUUGGUAUCUACUAUAUUGUUCAUUCACCUCUAUAUAUUGACAUCAUUCUUCUGUCUCUUUCUAUAUCACAGUAUCAUAUGUCAUGUUCAGAUUUUUUUAUUUUUUUUUUUUAUUCAAUAUUUAUACAAAACAAGAUUGAAAGUAGUAAAUUAAUAUUUAUAUUUCAUAAUAAUAGAAUAAUUUUAUUAGUUUUAAUUAAUGAUAGAAAUACAUACAUUAAGUUUUUAAUUGCUAAGUUAGAAUAUUAUAUGGAUAUAACAUUAUGUAAACAUAUUUUCAUUUAAACAUUUAGAGUAUAUAUAUAUAUAAAAAAAAAAAAAUUAGACAGGGUUAGUCACUUUUAUUAUCAUUUUUCCUAUAAUAUAGUAUAAAGAGAGCAGCAGCUAAAAAACAGAAACCUACUUCAAAUAUUAUAGUACAAGUACUGCUUUAAUUUAAUACAAACUAUUACAAAACCAUAUAGUUUCAAUGACUCCAAUGAAGUCCUAGUGAAUAAUUAUUAAAUAAUGGUGGGAGAGGUUCGUAUAUUAAUUUAAUUUUAAAAUAUACAAUUAUUAAAAAUAAACAGUAUAAUAAGAUAUAUUAUUUACAUUUUAUUUCUACAUCAAUUUCUUAAAACACAUGUUAUUACCUAGUUUAUUUAUCUGUACAUUUGAUUUUUUAAUUGUACAAUUAAAGACUCCAAAAUAUUAUAAUCUUUGGGCAACUCGUUAAGUAUUUCAUUCAGUAAAUUUAUAUUGAAAGAACCAAACACACAGUUUACAGUUAUAUCUUUAACAGAAAGCUUAUGAAUAUUGGCCAAUGAUAUCUGAAUACUGGUCAUAGAUUGACAUUUCAUACUAUGUAAACAAAAUUGGGCUAAAUUAUCUUCAAAUUUAACACAAUACAUAUCACUUACAUAAAACAUAUUAUUCAUCAUUUUACUAAUAUAUUUAACAUCUUCCAGUAGAGAUUUUAAUAAAAGUUCUAUGUCUCUUGAGCUGAAACAAACUUGUUUGUACACUUUUGGAUCAUAUUUUGAUAAAAUCCAAUUUAUUCCAAACUUAAGGAUUUCAUGUUCAAUAAUAUUCUUGGUAGUAAAUGAAAUAUCUUCUACUUUAAGAAAAUUAUGAUCCUUAAGAAUUGGUAAAUAUUUUAUUGUUAAAACUAUAUUGUCAUUUAAUGCAUUGAAAGUCCAUUUACUAUUUGUACACUUUACUUUAACUAAUAUUUUGUCUAUAAAUUGAUUUUCCCAUUUUUCUAAGAAUUCUAUAACUUCAAUAUUUAAAUUUUCUUUGAAAGAAUCGUCCUUUAUAGGAGGGACUACUUCAAAAUCCUUUUCUUUUGCAGGUUCUUCAUAAUUUAUAUCUACAUUAGUGUAACUUCUUUUCCGAUUUUCAUAGUUUGUAUGAGUUAUAUUAGAAAUUGAUAUAUUUGAUAAGCCUUCAGUACAAAUGUCAUUUACUAUUUUAUCUACAUUAUGGUGUGAGAUUGAAUCAUCUUCAAACUUUAAACUACGAUUGGUCAUAUUAAUAUUAUCAGAUAUUUGUAAAGAACCGUUUUUUACUUCUUCGAGUUUUUCAAUGUUUUCAAUCAAAUCAUUAAGAUGUUUUUCUUUUCUUGAUGAUUUAUCACUCCCUUCUAAUUUUUCUUCAAAUGAAUUAUUUUUAAAAACUAAGGAAUUUCCAUCUUCAUUAAUUAAUGAAUUAGUUAUUUUUUGAAAAGAAUUUGAUAUGUCAUUUAAUAAACACAAUGGAGAUGAUAUAUGUAAUUCCUUAGAAGAUAUUUUUAACAUACUAUUAUCAUUAGACAGCUCAACUGAUAUAUCCAUUUUAUUAGUUUCUUCAUAAUUCUCAUAAGGGUUAGUUUCAUUAGCAGUUUGAGAUUUUAAAUUUGUAGCUAUAGAUAAUCUUGACUUUUUUCUGAAAGGAGAAUUAAAAUCAUCAUCAACAAUGAUAUUAGGAAAUACAGGUUUAAGUUCAGUUUGUACAUGUUUAUUGGAUAAAUCUAGUAGUUGUCUAUUACUAUCUUUAGACAUAAGGGACAUAUCACUAAUACAUUUUGUUGUCAUACAAGUCAUUGACAUUCUAGAGUUUGAUUUACUACUUUCUUCAUCCAUAUAAUUAUCACACUUAAUAUAUUUUGGAGGUUCUUUAUGAACUAAUAUUGAUGAGGGACCAACUGUUUUUCUAGAAUAUUUUUUAGGUCUAUUUGCUUUAACAGUUACAGAUGUAUAUGAUAAAUCUCUGAUUGGAGAUUGAGUUUGAUUAGAAAUAGACAUUCCUUCACUUUCGGAAAACUUAGAUUCAUUAAAAUCCAGCGUGGGCGCAAUUGAUUUUCUACAAUAUAUAUUUUGUUGGUUUUUUUCAACUACUACAGGUGUAUCUGAUAUAUCUUCAUCUUCAAAAGAUUGAGAUUCAUUAUGAAGAAACACGGGGGCAUUUGAUUGUUGAGAAUAUAUUUUUUGUUGAUUUUCUCCAAGCAUUACAGGUGUAUUUGAUAUUUCAUCAUUUUCAGAAGACUGAGAUUCAUUAUGAAUUGACACAAGAGCAUUUAUUUGUUGAUUUUCGUCACGAAUUACAGACAAAUUCAAUGUAUUUUCUUUUUCUAAGGAUUGAGUUUGAGAUUUUGUGUUUGAACUUUUCUGGUCAUUUUUCUUAACUACUACUGAGGUAUUUAAUAAAUAUUUAUUUUUAGUAGAUUUUUCUUCAACAAUUACUGUGUUAGUAUGAGCCAUUGAUUUCCUUGAAUAGUUUUUUAUUUUAUUAUUUUCGAAUGAAUGAUAUUGGUCAACUGUAGAUGUAUCAAUAUUUAAUAUGUCUUUUUUUAGUUCUUCAACUCUACAAGGCUUAUUGCUGUCAAACAUUUCAGAAAAAAAAGAUAAACCCGUGGAAAUCAAAGAUGGACUAGACUGAAUAUUUUGAUUAUCAAUAUCAAUUAAUAAAUCUGAAUAAUUAUGUUGUUCAUAUUCUGAUGGUUUUGGUACUAAUGAAUCAUUUUGUUCACUUACAAGUAAUUUUGAAUUGUUAAUAAUACAAUUGAUAUCAUUACCUUCUGAUGUUUGAUCAAUAUCCAUUGAAAUAUCACUAGACAUCUCAGAUGUAGUACUAAUAGAAAGCUGACCUUGUUCAAAGACUAAUUCGCAAUUGUUUUCAUGUAUUUUUCUAUCGGUUAGUUCAGUUAAUUCCAUAUCUGAUUUACAAUGUGGCAAAAUAGAUUUUUGAAAACUAGUUACACAAGUUAAUUCCAUAUUACUUGAUUGAGCAUCAGGAUGUUUAUUAUUAUCAUUUAAUGUUUCGGUAGAACUAAAAUCUGAAUCAUUUUCAUUAGUUAAUAUUUGAGCAGUUUUUAUUACUUCUGUAAAUUCCAUAUUAUUAUCUGAAUAAUCUGAAUUAUAAUCACCAUGUUCAAAACCAUUAUUUUCAAUAGUAUAAAUUGUAUCAGAAAAUAUUUUACAAGACAAUGCUUCAGUCAUUUCCAUAUUAUCGUUUGGACAUUCAUACUCUAUACAAACACGGUUAUUAUCUUCCAUAGUUGUACAAUUUGUUGAUUCUAUAGUAGUUUGAUUAGAUUUUUGUGAUGCUUCUAAUAAUAAUUUUGUUUUUUCAGCAUUUGAAGAGUCUGACAGUAUCGAUAUUUGUUCAUCAAACAUAGGUGCUUGAUGUACAGUUAAAGAUGUUGCACCUGUAUUAUACAUUUUAAUUUUAUUCAUCCCAGAAAAACUCACUUUUCUUUUGGGUAAGGAUUCAGUAUUUUCAUCAGCAUCCUGAUCAACGGGUUCAAUCUCUUUUAGAGGGGCGCGCACUUUAGAUGGCUUUAAUAUUGAACUAACAGAUUGUCGGCUAGUCAUUGUAAAUCU